GUAGCUCCCUGACUCGGGAGAAGGGGAAGAAGCUGAGGGAAGCAGAGCGGGGAGAGAGCGUAUGCCGCCGGCCGACACAGGGUGCGUUCCUCCGCCGCCCCCAGCAGGACAGCUUCCCCUCCCAGACCCGCUCCGCUCCCGGGCUCCCCUCCCAGACCCGCUCCGCUCCCGGGCUCCCCUCCCAGACCCGCACCCCUCCGGGAGAGUGUCCAGCUGCCCGCACUCAUUCAGCUCCCGGGAUCUGCUUGCCUCCCCUGAAUGACGGGCGGACGUUUCGAUUUCGACGAUGGCGGCACUUACUGUGGCGGCUGGGAGGAUGGCAAGGCUCACGGACACGGCAUCUGCACCGGCCCCAAGGGACAAGGGGAGUACUCCGGCUCCUGGUCUCACGGCUUCGAGGUAGUGGGGGCUUACACCUGGCCCAGCGGGAACACCUACCUGGGCUAUUGGGCUCAGGGCAAGAGGCAUGGGCUGGGGGUAGAGACCAAGGGCAGGUGGAUUUACCGAGGAGAAUGGUCUCACGGCUUCAAGGGACGCUAUGGGGUCCGGCAGAGCAUGAGCACCCCGGCUCGGUACGACGGGACAUGGAGUAACGGGCUGCAGGACGGCUAUGGGGUAGAGACCUACGGGGAUGGAGGUACGUACCAAGGACAAUGGAUGGGAGGAAUGAGACACGGAUAUGGUGUGCGCCAGAGUGUUCCCUAUGGCAUGGCUACAGUCAUUCAUUCACCUCUUAGAACCUCUUUGUCUUCACUACGAAGUGAACAAAGCAAUGGCACUGUGCUACAUGAUAUAGGAGUAGACAGCCCAGUAGGAUCACGGGGAGGUUUUGUCUUGAAUUUUCACAGUGAUUCUGAAUUGAUGACUGGUAAGAAAAAGGGCUUGUUUAGAAGAGGGUCACUUCUUGGUAGCAUUAAACUAAGAAAAUCUGACUCUAAGAUCUCUAUAUCCAGCAAGCGCAGCUCGGUGAGGAGUGAUGCAGCGAUGAGUAGAAUUAGUUCAAGUGAUGCUAACUCAACUAUUAGCUUUGGAGAUGGAGAUUGUGAUUAUUGUCCUGUGGAAGAUCAUGUUGAUGCUACAACGACAGAAACCUAUAUGGGAGAGUGGAAGAAUGACAAACGCACAGGGUUUGGUGUUAGUGAGCGCUCGAAUGGUAUGAAAUAUGAAGGUGAAUGGCUAAAUAACAGAAGACAUGGCUAUGGAUGUACCAUAUUUCCAGAUGGCACAAAAGAGGAAGGAAAGUAUAAAAACAAUGUCUUAGUCCGUGGAAUAAGAAAGCAACUUAUACCGAUAAAGAACACAAAAACAAAGGAGAAAGUUGAUCGAGCUAUAGAGGGAGCUCAGCGGGCAGCAGCAGUGGCAAGGACAAAAGUAGAAAUAGCAGUUUCAAGGACAGAGCAUGCUCGAGCUAAAGCGAAUGCGGCUGAUCAGGCAAGCCAAGCUGCACGACAAGAAUCUGACAUUGCAAGAGCAGUGGCAAGAGAGCUUUCUCCUAGCUUCCACCAACCAGGACCUGAAUACAUCAAGCAGAAGUUUCAGGAAGGGGUGGUGGAAGUCAAAGAACACAUUGAAGAAAAACUUCCCCAGAAGCCACCCUCUCCAAAAGAGUCACCACAUUUUUACAGGAAAGGUACAACCCCUCCAAGGACACCAGAAGAAAAGAGGAAACCAGCUUCCCCACCUGCCCCCAAGCAUUCAGAAGGGAAGAAUUACAAUUCAGCAUCUGCUAUCCUAAGCAAAAAAAGUUCAUCAGUUGAAAACCUGCCCAUUUCACCCAACAAGCCCUUGCCUUUCAAAGCACCCAUUAAAGCACCUGUCAAAGAAGAGGUCUUUGCACCACCUCCACCAAAGGCGUCAAUUGCUCCAAAUCCGAGUAGCACUGGAAAUGGAGAACUGCAUGCCGACUACCAUGGAUACUUAGUAAAAGUAAGUC